AUGACAACACUCAUCGUUCCCCGCUCCCACACCCCGCCCAAGACGCCACAUUACUCGCCCAUGCUGCAUAAUGCUCUCAUAGCACUGGAGACAGCGUUUCUCGAUGACCCAAACAUUCGGGACUUGAAGUCCCGUCGGUGUUUUGCCGAUGCUGCGAAGUGCUAUUUAGAGGUGGAAUUCAGUUGA